AUGGCAAGGAAGAAAUUUUCUGGAUUAGAAAUCUCUCUGAUUUUCCUUUUUGCCAUAGUUACUAUAAUAGCUAUUUCCCUAGUUGCUAUUUUAGCAACUAAUACACCUGCUAUUGAAGAAAUUACUGAUUCUAAUUCAGCUCCUUCAGCUUCAGGAAAAUGUCCAGAUGAAGUAAAUGAUCCUGUCAAUGAGAGAAUAAACUGCAUUCCAGAACAAUUUCCAACACAGGCAACUUGUGCACAGCGAGGCUGCUGCUGGAGGCCAUGGAAUGACACUGUUAUUCCUUGGUGCUUCUUUGUUAAUAACCAUGGCUACAAUGUUGAGGAAAUGGCAGCAACAAAUACUGGACUUGAAGCCAAAUUAAGCAGGAUAGCUUCACCUUCACUAUUCGGAAAUGACAUUAACAGUGUUCUCUUCACAUCUCAAAGUCAGACACCCAAUCGUUUCCGGUUCAAGAUUACUGACCCAAAUAACAGAAGAUAUGAAGUUCCUCAUCAGUUUGUAGAGGAAUUUACUGGACCUGCAUCUUCUGAUACAUUGUAUUCUGUGGAGGUUACAGAAAAUCCAUUUAGCAUCAAAGUUAUUAGGAAAAGCAAUAGCAGAGUUUUGUUUGACACCAGCAUUGGUCCCUUGGUGUACUCUGACCAAUAUUUACAGAUUUCAACCAGGCUUCCUAGUGAAUAUAUGUAUGGCCUUGGGGAACAUGUUCAUAAGAGAUUUCAUCAUGAUUUGUUUUGGAAAACAUGGCCAAUCUUUACUCGGGAUCAAAUUCCUGGUGAUAGUAAUGAUAAUUUAUAUGGCCAUCAAACAUUCUUCAUGUGCAUUGAAGAUACUUCUGGAAAGUCAUUUGGUGUUUUUUUAAUGAAUAGUAAUGCAAUGGAAAUUUUCAUCCAGCCUACUCCAAUAGUAACCUAUAGAACGACUGGUGGCAUUCUGGACUUUUACAUCUUUCUAGGAGAUACACCAGAACAAGUAGUUCAACAGUAUCAACAGCUUAUUGGACUACCAGCAAUGCCGGCAUAUUGGAGUCUUGGAUUCCAGUUGAGUCGCUGGAGUUAUAACUCACUAGAUGUAGUGAGAGAAGUGGUACAAAGAAACCGGGAAGCUGGCAUACCAUUUGAUACACAGGUCACUGAUAUUGACUAUAUGGAAGACAAGAAAGAUUUCACUUAUGAUCAAGAUACUUUUCAAGGACUUCCCGAAUUUGUUCAAGAUUUGCAUGACCAUGGACAGAAAUAUGUCAUCAUCUUGGACCCUGCAAUUUCUACAGGGAAACUUAGCAGUGGAGCAGCAUAUGAAACCUAUGACAGGGGAAAUGCACAAAAAGUGUGGGUAACUGAAUCAGAUGGAACUACACCACUUAUUGGCGAGGUAUGGCCAGGAGUAACAGUAUUCCCUGAUUUCACUAAUCCAAACUGUAUAGAUUGGUGGGCAAAUGAAUGCAGUAUUUUCCAUGAGAAAGUGGAAUAUGAUGGACUUUGGAUUGACAUGAAUGAAGUUUCUAGUUUUGUUCAAGGUUCAGCAAAAGGAUGCAAUGACAACAAUUUGAAUUAUCCACCUUUUACUCCUGAUAUUCUUGACAAACUCCUGUAUUCCAAAACAAUUUGCAUGGAUGCUGUGCAGUAUUGGGGGAAACAGUAUGAUGUUCACAGUCUCUAUGGAUACAGCAUGGCCAUAGCCACAGAGCAAGCUCUACAAAAGGUUUUUUCCAAUAAGAGAAGCUUCAUUCUUACCCGAUCAACUUUUGCUGGAACCGGAAGACAUGCUGCACAUUGGUUAGGGGAUAAUAAUGCUUCGUGGGAACAUAUGGAGUGGUCUAUUGCUGGAAUGCUGGAGUUCAGUUUGUUUGGAAUGCCUUUGGUCGGAGCAGAUAUCUGUGGAUUUUUGGGGGAUACCACAGAAGAGCUUUGCAGAAGAUGGAUGCAACUUGGGGCAUUUUAUCCAUUUUCCAGAAACCACAAUGCUGAGACAUACAUGCAUCAGGAUCCUGCUUUUUUCGGACAAAAUUCACUUUUGGUUAAUUCAUCGAAGCACUAUUUAACUAUUCGCUAUACCUUAUUGCCUUUCCUCUACACUCUGUUUUACAAAGCCCAUAUGUUUGGAGAAACAGUAGCAAGGCCAGUUCUUCACGAGUUUUAUGAGGAUACAAACAGCUGGAUUGAGGACAGUGAAUUUUUAUGGGGCCCCUCAUUACUUAUCACUCCUGUUUUGCAACAAGGAGCAGAUACAGUGAGUGCAUACAUCCCUGAUGCUACUUGGUAUGAUUAUGAAACUGGUGCAAAAAGACUAUGGAGAAAACAACAAGUUGAUAUGUAUCUUCCAGCAGACAAAAUAGGAUUACAUAUUAGAGGAGGUUAUAUUAUCCCCAUUCAACAACCUGAUGUAACAACAACAGCAAGCCGUAAAAACCCGCUAGGACUUAUAAUUGCAUUAGAUGAAAACAACACAGCAAAAGGAGACUUUUUCUGGGAUGAUGGAGAAACUAAAGAUACCAUACAAAAUGACAACUACAUAUUAUAUACAUUUUCAGUUUCUAAUAACAAUUUAGAUAUUACUUGCACACAUUCAUCAUACCAGGAAGGAACCACAUUAGCAUUUGAGACUAUAAAAAUCCUUGGGUUGACAAACCGUGUUACAGAAGUUACAGUGCAGGAAAAUAAUCAACCAAUGAUGACUCACUCUAAUUUCAAUUAUGAUCCUUCUGACCAGGUUCUCCUAAUUAAUGGUCUCAACUUUAACCUUGGAGGAAACUUUAUCGUUCAGUGGAAUCAAGUUUUCUCAGAAAAUGACACGUUUACCUGUUAUCCAGAUGCAGACACAGUAGAUGAAGAAAAAUGCAUACAACGUGGCUGUAUAUGGACAACGGUUCCUUCGGGAUCCAGAGCACCUCCAUGUUACUUUCCCAGUGACUACAACUCUUAUUUAGUAAAGUCAACUCAGUAUUCAUCAAUGGGUAUAACAGCUGACCUGGAAGUAAAUACUGCAAACCCUAGAAUAACACUACCUUCUGAACCCAUCUCAACUCUUCGUGUGGAGGUGAUAUAUCACAAAAAUGAUAUGCUGCAGUUUAAGAUUUAUGAUUCCCAAAAUAAGAGAUAUGAAGUUCCAAUACCAUUAAAUAUUCCAACCUCUCCAACAAGUACUUAUGAAAACAGACUUUAUGAUGCUGAAAUCAAGGAAAAUCCUUUUGGUAUCCAGAUUCGACGGAGAAGCACUGGAAGGGUUAUUUGGGAUUCUCACCUGCCGGGAUUUGCUUUUAAUGACCAGUUCAUUCAAAUAUCUACUCGCCUGCCAUCAGAAUAUGUAUAUGGUUUUGGGGAAGUGGAACAUACAGCAUUUAAGCGCGAUCUGAACUGGCAUACUUGGGGAAUGUUUACAAGAGACCAACCCCCUGGGUAUAAACUUAAUUCCUAUGGAUUUCAUCCCUAUUACAUGGCUCUAGAAGAAGAGGGCAAUGCUCAUGGAGUUUUGUUACUCAACAGCAAUGCAAUGGAUGUUACAUUCCAGCCAACUCCUGCUCUAACUUACCGCACAGUUGGAGGAAUACUGGAUUUUUAUAUGUUUUUGGGCCCAACUCCAGAAGUUGCAACAAAGCAAUACCAUGAAGUAAUUGGCCAUCCAGUCAUGCCACCUUACUGGGCUUUAGGAUUCCAAUUAUGUCGAUAUGGAUACAGAAAUACUUCACAGGUUCAGGAGUUAUAUCAAGAAAUGGUGACUGCCAGGGUCCCUUAUGAUGUUCAAUACACAGACAUUGACUACAUGGAAAGGCAGCUAGACUUUACAAUUGGUGAAAGAUUCUCUGACCUUCCUGAAUUUGUUGACAAAAUAAGAGAAGAAGGAAUGAGGUUCAUUAUUAUCUUGGAUCCAGCAAUUUCAGGAAAUGAAACACAGCCUUACCCUGCAUUUGAAAGGGGACAGGAGAAAGAUGUCUUUGUCAAAUGGCCUAACACCAGUGAUAUUUGUUGGGCAAAGGUUUGGCCAGAUUUGCCCAAUGUAACAAUAGAUGAAAGUCUAACUGAAGAUGAAGCUGUUGAUGUUUCCAGAGCUCAUGUAGCUUUUCCAGAUUUCUUCAGGAAUUCCACAGCAGAGUGGUGGGCAAGGGAAAUUAUGGAUUUCUACAAUGAUCAGAUGAAGUUUGAUGGCUUAUGGAUUGAUAUGAAUGAGCCAUCAAGUUUUGUAAAUGGAACAACUACUAAUCAAUGCAGAAAUACAGAACUAAAUUAUCCACCUUACUUUCCAGAGCUCACAAAAAGAACUGAUGGAUUACAUUUCAGAACCAUGUGCAUGGAAACUGAGCAGAUUCUUAGUGACGGAUCAUCAGUUUUGCAUUAUGAUGUUCACAAUCUAUAUGGAUGGUCACAAGUUAAACCUACACAUGAUGCAUUGCAGAAGACAACGGGCAAAAGAGGAAUUGUUAUUUCUCGUUCCACAUAUCCCAGUAGUGGGCGAUGGGGGGGACACUGGCUUGGAGACAACUAUGCACGGUGGGACAAUUUGGACAAGUCGAUCAUUGGUAUGAUGGAAUUUAGUCUCUUUGGAAUAUCAUAUACAGGAGCAGACAUCUGUGGUUUCUUCAAUGAUUCCGAAUAUCAUCUCUGUACCCGCUGGACACAACUUGGAGCAUUUUAUCCAUUUUCGAGAAAUCACAACAUUGCGUUUACUAGAAGACAAGAUCCUGUUUCCUGGAAUGAAACUUUUGCUAAUAUGUCAAGAAAUAUUCUAAAUAUUAGAUACACUUUAUUGCCAUAUUUUUAUACACAAAUGUAUGAAAUUCAUGCUUAUGGUGGCACUGUUAUUCGACCCUUUUUGCAUGAGUUCUUUAAUGAAAAGCCGACCUGGGAUAUAUUCAAGCAGUUCUUGUGGGGUCCAGCAUUUAUGGUAACCCCUGUAUUGGAACCUUAUGCUGAAACAGUAUACGCCUAUGUCCCUAAUGCUCGGUGGUAUGACUAUCAUACAGGCCAAGAUAUUGAUCUCAGAGGACAAUUUACUGUUUUUGAUGCUCCUUUUGAUAAAAUAAACCUCCAUGUCCGUGGUGGUUACAUAUUACCAUGUCAAGAGCCUGCUCAAAACACAUAUCAGAGUCGACAAAAUUACAUGAGGCUUAUUGUUGCUGCAGAUGAUAAUCAGACGGCACAAGGAUCUCUGUUUUGGGAUGAUGGAGAGAGUAUAGAUACCUAUGAAAGAGACCAAUAUUUAUUGGUACAAUUUAACUUAAACAAGGCCACUUUGACAAGCACUGUAUUGAAAAAUGGCUACACAGAAAGAAAUGAAAUGAGGCUUGGAUUCAUUGAUGUAUGGGGGAUAGAAGACACCGUAGUCAAUGAGGUUUACCUAAUAUAUAAUGAAAAUACAGAGUUACUUAGAUUUACCCAUCAAGCAGACAAGGAGAUAUUAAAUAUCAAUCUAGUCGUCAAUGAUGUUACUCUAGAUCAACCAAUAGAAAUUUACUGGUCGUGA